AUGGCGCCGCGCCCGUGGCUGACCAGCCUCCUCGUGGCGGUGCUCUUCUCCCUGACGACCAGAUCAGGCUUGCGCUUCACGCCGGGGCUCACGAGUCCUUCGCGAUCCGUUUCGGCGACAGCAGCAGAAGCGGCCAGGAAGAAGAAGGUCGACGUCAACUUGGACACGCCACCCAAGCGGCCCCUAACGUCCUACAUGCGCUACGCCGCGGAAAUCCGACCCGAGGUCGCGAAGCAAUUGAAGGACGCGAAGGCAACUGAGAUCGUAUCUGAAGUUGCGAACCGCUGGCGCAAGCUAACGGCCGCGAAGAAGAAGCCCUACGUCACUGCAGCAGAGGCGGACUUUGCGGAGUACCGGGAACUGGUUCAGGCUUAUGUAGAGGCCGGUGGUGUAAUGCCAACUCCAAAACGAAGGACCACAAAAAACGGCAAGGUGAAGCUACCCAAGGAUCCACUGCGGCCGAAGAAGCCGGGAAGUGCCUACAUCCUUUGGGUCAAGGACAACUAUGCCGCGAUCAAGAAGAAGAAUCCGAAGCUGGCGCCAAAGGAAGUGAUGGCCCAAGCAGGUAAAGAAUGGUCCAAAGUGACGAAGGUUACGAAGACGAAGUACGAGAAGCAACGGGCGGAACUGAUGAAGGAAUACGAGAAGACUAUGCAGGUCUACGCAAAAGAGGGUUCAUGA